UUGCCUCCCCAUUGCCACUGUCACCUAAAGGAAGUACGCAUGCGCAUCAGCUUGGUGUCAGUUUCUAAGCAAAGCAACUUUUCCUCUGAUGUGGAUGGGGCUUCAGGACUAAAGGGAGGAUGUUCCCUCUUGGUGAAGGAUCCUUGUAAGUGAAGCAGGGUUUCUAAUGAGUGUGCAGAUCCAGCAUUUACUGGAUGUUUGCCUCCAUCUCAAAAUGAGCAAACAAAAGAAUAUGAUGUAUGUUGAUCAGACAACAAACCUUGAUCGGUUUGAUCUGGAUAUCGUUGCCGAGACAGAGAAGCUGUUUCAGAAGCAAUUUCUGUAUGCCAAGCCACCCAACAACGAAUGGCAGCUGCCUGAUCCUAACCAGGUUUUUACCUGUGAUCAUAAAGAGUUCAGUUCCCUUGCAGCUCUGAAAAAUUCUCUGAAUGAAGUCAAGAACAGGCUGAGUGAUAAGAAGUUAGACGAAUGGCAUCAACACACUUCUUUCACCAACAGAGCUGGGACAAUAAUUGCUAAUCUCAAGAAAUCUGUAAAUGCCGAACUGUGCACCCAGGCGUGGUGCAAGUUUCAUGAGAUCCUGUGCACUUUUCCUGUGCUCCCGAGUGAAGCGCUUCAAAAUGGAGAGCUCAACUCCAUCCAUCUCUGUGAAGCGCCUGGUGCUUUUAUAGCCAGCCUUAACCACUACCUCAAGUCUCACCGCAUCCCUUGCGAUUGGAACUGGGUUGCCAAUACCUUGAACCCGUAUCACGAAGCGAACAAUACCCUCAUGAUGAUUAUGGAUGACAGACUUAUUGCAAACACUUUGCCCUGGUGGUAUUUUGGCCCUGACAACACUGGAGACGUCAUGACUUUGAAACAUCUCACCGGAUUGCAGCGUUUCAUCAGCAACAUGACCACUGUCCACCUGGUCACAUCCGACGGGAGUUUUGAUUGCCAAGGAAAUCCAGGUGAACAGGAAGCCCUCGUUUCCUCUUUACAUUAUUGUGAAACUGUCACUGCUUUAAUGACCCUUGGGCUUGGUGGCUCCUUUGUUCUGAAGAUGUUCACUCUGUUUGAACACUGUUCCGUUAACUUGCUCUUUCUGCUGAACUGUUCUUUUGAGGAGGUCCAUGUUUUCAAACCAGCCACCAGUAAAGCUGGGAACUCCGAGGUGUAUGUGGUUUGCCUUCGCUAUUUGGGCAGGGAGGCUGCCCACUCGUAUUUGUCCAAAAUGAUGCAGAACUUUGGGACAGAAAUGGUGGAGAAGGCCCUUUUCCCUCAACACUUAAUUCCAGAAUCCUUCCUUAAAGUUCACGAGGAAUGUUGUUCGUUCUUCCACAGGCACCAAACCGAGACAAUUUUGGACAAUCUCAGACUCUUUGCAUCCAUGGGUGAGGUGGAACGGAAAAGACUAAAUGUUCUACGGGAUUGUGCUGUUGAGUUUUUCCUGCAGAAGUUCCAAGUGAAACCCAUUGCUAGAAAUAAUUGGUUAGUGAAGAAACCCCGUGCUGGCUGCAGCAUGAAUGCUAAAUGGUGUGGACAGAGGAACAGGUAUUUCUGCACUUACAAUGAAAGGAAGUUGAUGGAGUCCCUGUCAUGGGAAACUAAAGUAAUGAAGGGCUGUCUUAACUACUGGGCUGAAGAGCACUCUCUUGGAAAUGCUGGCAAAAGCUGUGUUUUAGAAGGAGGAACUUGUAGCCAGGACUAUGACUUGUGGUAUAUCUUGGAAGGGCGGAGGUUGCCUAAAGUCACAUGCUCUUCCUUCUGUGAUGGUGAGGCCUUGAAGAACCUCAAUGAAGCCUUGGAGAAAUCUUUAGUUGGGCAAGCAAGUGCUGAUGCCAUCAUGAGGCUGACCCAGCAAGAAUGCCCCUCUUGCCACGUUCUUACAGAAUGCAUGAUACUGUCUGAAUUGGCAGACCUUAUGGAACAUCAUCAUGAACAAGUUCCAAAUGAAGAAGGUAUUGAGCAGAGAAGGUGCUUGGUUGUAGGCUUCUCAUCAUUUUGUGAUGCUGAGAACCAAUCUGGUUUAGAAGUUAAACUCCUAGAGUCUGGAUCUCUGUCAACUUUUAGCUGUUCCUUGCUUCAUGAUGGAGAACCCAAGUAUCAGCAGCAACUUUUGGAGUGCCUCUUGCAUUUGCUUCCCCACCUUCAGAAAGGAAAUGCUUUGGUUCUGCCUGUUCUUUCCUGUUUUACACGCUUCAUGGCCGGCUUAGUUUUCAUAUUGCAUAGCUGUUUCCAGCACAUAUCAUUUGUCUGCCCCACCUCAUCUCAGCCUUUAGGAACCAGUGCAGCACUGCUGUGCAUUGGCUAUCAAGACCUUCCAGAUCCAGUUUUCCAAUACUUACAGCAACUGAAUAAACUCAUUCGCACCUUGCUGGACUCAGACUCCCCACAGCAGAUCUUGCAAUUUGUGCCUAUGGAAAAUCUUCUAAAGGGUUCAUUCCUGGAGUUCUUAUGGGACCUGAACACUGCCAUUGUAAAACAACGGUUGCAUCUCAUUAUCCAAAUUGAACAGCAGCAACGAACGUGAUAUUUAGUUUGAAACACCAGAUUGCCACAGUCCCUUUCAUCUUCCUGGUCAAGUUUUCUUUCUCUUUCUUAACAUAUCCAAAAAAUGAGGUAUAGGGCCUUUUCUGCUGUCCCUUGUAGUCUAAACUAUACUUCUAGUUUGGGCACCUGUUUAUAGCCACAUGAGCCUGGGUGGAAAAUCCACAAUGUGUUAGAGACAUCAAUUCAAGCAUAGGAAAGGGAAGUAUAGAUAUGUUGGACUGCAACUCCCAUUAGCUCUAGGCAAAAGAGCCAAGAAUAAGGGAGGACGACUUUCCCCACCGUGCUUUAAAUUCCGACCAAAUCUUUCUUCAAAGUGACAUUAGCUUCCUACACAUCCACACAAGGUUAAAUGGGAGCUGUUUCCCAUGCAGUAUGAUUCUACACAGCUAAUAUAUGAGGAGGAGAGAGCAUUAAACAACCACAUGAGGAAGAGAGCAUGUCACCUGGGCACUGCAAGCAGGCCCAACCAAGAGAGUUAACAAAACUUUGAUUUUGUGGCUGCAUAUGAAGGGACUCCGAUGGGUGUGUCAAGAGGCUUCCACCAAGUCUUCUAGAAGAAGCAAAUUAUAUGAUUUACUGAACUUCAGUACUGCUAAGUAUUUUAGAUUGUUGGUUCUCAACCUGUGCCUCCCCAGAUAUUUUGGCCUUCAAUGCCCAGAAAUCCUAAGAGCUGGUAAACUGGCUGGGAUUUCUGGGAGUUGUAGGCCAAAACACCUAGGGACCCACAGGUUGAGAACCAUUGUUUUAGAGCAACCUCUCCAGCGCUGUUCAACUAUUAGACAAUAGUAGCCAUCUUUCACAAACAGCAGAGUGACUAGGCAUAAUUGGUUUUGAGUCCGGCACAUCUGAAAGGUU